CGGGGGAAGUCAUCACAAAGUCUCUGUUUCUCCUGUCGUCCAUGUCCGAGGGCUGUGCGAAUCAGUUGUGGAAGCAGAUCUUGUGGAAGCUCUUGAAAAGUUUGGAACCAUAUGCUAUGUCAUGAUGAUGCCAUUUAAGCGCCAGGCUCUGGUGGAGUUUGAAAAUGUAGAAAGUGCGAAGAAAUGCGUAACGUUUGCAGCAGAUGAACCUGUAUAUAUUGCUGGACAGCAAGCCUUUUUCAACUACUCAACAAGUAAGAGGAUUACCCGGCCAGGGAAUACUGAUGACCCAUCUGGUGGAAAUAAAGUUCUCCUGUUGUCAAUUCAGAAUCCUCUCUACCCAAUUACAGUGGAUGUCUUGUACACUGUGUGCAACCCUGUUGGAAAAGUUCAGCGCAUUGUUAUAUUCAAGAGAAAUGGAAUACAAGCUAUGGUUGAGUUUGAAUCAGUGUUUUGUGCCCAGAAGGCGAAGGCUGCACUCAAUGGAGCAGAUAUCUAUGCAGGAUGCUGCACACUAAAAAUUGAAUAUGCGAGGCCAACUCGACUUAAUGUCAUUAGAAACGACAACGAUAGUUGGGACUACACUAAACCAUAUCUGGGCCGACGAGACAGAGGGAAGGGCCGCCAGAGGCAAGCUAUUUUGGGAGAGCACCCAUCAUCAUUUAGACAUGAUGGUUAUGGGUCACAUGGUCCUUUGUUGCCCUUGCCGAGCCGGUACCGAAUGGGAUCUCGGGACACUCCAGAACUUGUUGCUUAUCCAUUGCCCCAGGCAUCCUCCUCUUACAUGCAUGGUGGAAAUCCUUCUGGGUCAGUUGUCAUGGUUAGUGGGUUGCAUCAGCUAAAGAUGAACUGUUCAAGGGUCUUCAACCUGUUCUGCUUGUAUGGAAACAUUGAGAAGGUGAAAUUUAUGAAGACUAUUCCAGGCACGGCACUGGUUGAAAUGGGUGAUGAAUAUGCUGUGGAAAGAGCUGUCACACAUCUCAACAAUGUCAAGUUAUUUGGUAAGAGACUUAAUGUCUGUGUUUCCAAGCAGCAUUCAGUAGUUCCAAGCCAGAUAUUUGAACUGGAGGAUGGCACGAGUAGUUACAAGGAUUUUGCAAUGAGUAAGAAUAAUCGCUUCACCAGUGCUGGUCAAGCAUCUAAGAACAUCAUCCAACCCCCCUCAUGUGUGCUACAUUAUUAUAAUGUUCCCCUGUGUGUAACUGAAGAAACAUUUGUAAAGUUAUGUGAGGAUCAUGAAGUUCUCAGCUUUAUUAAAUACAAAGUGUUUGAUCCAAAACCUUCUGCCAAAACACUGUCUGGUCUGUUGGAAUGGGAAUGUAAGACAGAUGCAGUGGAAGCUCUCACUGUACUUAAUCACUACCAGAUAAGAGUCCCAAAUGGCUCCAACCCUUAUACCUUGAAGCUUUGCUUCUCUACUUCAUCCCAUUUAUAGAGAAGAGGACAGCAUGUUAAGAGCUACAUUCACCUUGAUUUGCAAGUUUAAAACUACACUUCGUUCACAAAGCUCUAAAGUGGUUGUUCUAAUGUUGCCUUGUUUCAACUUAAUUCUAAUAUCUUUUAUCUUGUUUUAUAAUAAAUGGAUGUUCCUUCAUAAAUACAAACCAGAUUUUUUCUUUUUGCCUCUGAGAAGUACAUGUUGUAAGCUUACUACAAAGUUUGUAUUUUGUUAGUGUAGUAUCUUCAAAUGUCUAAAGAAGCACCAGUAGUAUAAAAAGAUUGUUUUCUUCCAAAAAUGAAAUAUAUUUGCAUUUUCGAUAAUGUUAAAGAUUAGCAAGUAUUUUUCCAUUUGUAGUCUUAAUUGGCAGAUAGAACUAUUACAUCAGAUUUUUAAAUGUAGAAGUUGUUUUUCAGUAUGUUAAGUAGUGAAGUAUGUUGCAAUACUUAAAAAGCUUGUAUUUAUAAAAUGCUUUAAUCAGGUUAACGUUGCACAUACCGAAUUUUUAGUAGUAUAGACUUGAUUUAUAGUUCAAACAAAGCUAAUGUAGAAAAUUAUUAAGUAUGUACACGUGUAUGGU